GAGUCCCUGCUUCUUGAAGGACUACCUAAAUCUAAACCAUAUGACUAAGAGCAUCAUCCAGACACUCCUUGAACUCUGACAGUCUUGGUGCUGUGACAACUUCUGUGGGGACCCUUUUUGAGUGACCAACCACCCUCUAAGUGAAGAACCUUUUCCUGAUGUCCAGUGCUGCAGUAUGUCCACAUCUCUCUUGUACUGAGGAGUCCAGAACUGGACACAGUGCUCCAGGUGUGACUUCACCAGUGCUGAGCAGAGCUAAAGGAUCACCUCCCUCAACUCACUGGCAACAGUGCUCCCAAAACAGCCCAGGCUGCUGUUGGCAUUUUUUGCUGCAGGGACACAUUGCUGGCUUGUGAUCAACUUGGUGGCCAACAGGACCCCCAGACUAAGCUGCCUUCCAGCUCUUCGGCCCCAAGGAUGCAUUGUGGUUCCUCACUGAGUGCAGGACUUUGCACUUGCCUUUCUUGAACUUCGUGAAGUUCCUGUCAGCCCAUUUCUCCAGCCUAUCAGGGUUCCUUUGGAUGGCAGCAUGACCCUCUGGGGUACCAGCCACUCCUUCAAGUUUUGUAUCAUCAGCAAACUUGCUGAGGGUACACUCCGCGCCACCAUCCAGAUCGUUAAUGAAGAUGUUGAACAGGGUUAUUGGACUGAUCUUAAAUUUGCACAUAGUAAUGUGCUAUGAUGUAGCACAUUUAAUUAUGUAUUUAUUUAUCACUUGUGAUUUUGUCUGGGAACAUUAUUUCACAUUUUGCUGCUCGAGCAAUAUUUUCACUUUAUGAGGUGCAGUCUCACUGUAAUAGCAAUAUAUUAGAAGCUUUCUGGCCUUCUUCGCUUUGUGCCAUUUUCUAUUGCAAUAUUUCCCCCAUUCUGCAACUUGCUUUACACUUCAAGGCAGAAGGUUGAAGUCUAAUUCCCUUUGGAAACUAUGCUGUGGUUUGCUUCUCUGCCGGUGAGAGGGAGUUGCUGUUCAUAUUCUAGCCUGGCUUUCCAGACACGGUGUUCCAUCUCUGCCCCCUGGAAUGUGACAAUCAAGCAAUGCAGAGAAAGCAGUUUCUUCAAUUCGUUGACAGCUGAUGAGCUAUGGAAAGGAGCUUUGGCAGAGACUGGUGUGGGAGUAAAGAAAGGAAGAGGAAAGCGAAGAAAGAAAAAGCUAAGAAAGAAUCUCAAUAGAGGCCAGGAGAUCGGUGAAGGACGUUCUGGUUUCCUCUGGCCUGGUCUUAAUGCUCCUCUCAUACAAAGUGGGAAAGUCCAGGCAGUUACUCAACGAAAAAAAGAAGAACGAGAGAGAAUUCAGUCUGAAAUUGUUCAGCAGAGAGAUACCUGGGAAAAGAGAAGAAAAAUAAAAAUUAAGAGAGAGGGAGGAUGGAGUGGAAAGUGUUGGGGAGGUGUCAUUCUGGAUCCUCCUGACCCAGGUCCUAAUGGAGAAACUUAUGAAGAUUUUGAAACAAGGGUCAUUGAGGUGAAAAAUGUUUUUUGUAUGAAGGCAAAGGAAGGCAGAAAAAAAUCAAUACGUGCCCUAGUGGCUAUUGGAAAUGGUAAAGGGGCUGCAGGUUUUGCAAUGGGAAAAGCAGGUGACAGGAUGAAUGCUUUACGGAAAGCAAAGAAUAAAGCAAUACGCUGCUUACAUUUUAUAGAGCUGUACCAGAACCACACAAUUUAUCAUGACAUUGCAGUGAAAUUUAAAAGCACAACCAUCCGCAUGAAGAAGCAAAACAAAGGGUAUGGUCUUCGUUGCCACCGAGCUAUCAUCACCAUCUGCAAACUAAUUGGCAUUAAAGAUAUGUAUGCCAGGGUUACUGGAUCCAAAAACUUGAUAAACAUUACCAGAGCUCUCUUUAAAGGCUUGACUCAACAGGAGACUCACCAACAAUUAGCAAACCAGAAGAGUCUCUAUGUCGUGGAGUUCCGGGAGGAGCAGGGCCCGCUGCCCAUCGUUGUGGCACUGCCUGAGGGGACUGUCCGUGAGGAUCCCGAGCCUGAAGAUGAGGUUCCAGACACAAAGCUGGAGUGGAGUGAGGUGAAAGAAGCUCAGGGAAUGAAGAAAUCUCCCUGGGCAAAUGUCCGACGGACAGUAUGGUAAAAGCUUCAGUCCCUCUGUCUCUUCUGCUUGGAGAUGCAACUGGGAAAGCCCAGCCCAAAUGGACAGGUUGUCUAGGCUUACAUUUCAGCGGAGGGCACUGAUAGCUCUCUCAUGCCAUUUGCAUUCCUGCUCCCAUUGCUACCAUUCUGUAAGGCUGUUUGCUUUCCCACAUUCUUCUGACCACUGUUUGAUGAGGGACAUUCAGAUGGAACCAGCGAGUGAACACAACUUUGACUUCAAGCAUACAUUUACUUGAUUCCUGAAGAUGAUGUUUGAUUGACAGAUCCUGUUUCUUUCACAAGCUCUUGGGAAACUACUGAAAAGAUAAGAUUGUGAAAGCAAUAAAGAAUCCUCAGAAAGGA